AUGAACAACUUUACAGGCUAUUAUAAAUCUUCUAACACAACAGAGUUUCUGAUCAAUCUAAACAAAUUCGGUUUUAUAUUCGGCUUACCUAACUUCUGGAUAGAAGAGCUAGACUUCCCAGACACAUUCCUCAAAAUGAUAGGACGGUUGAACAAAUAUGGGAACUGGUUAAUUUUUGGUCUUAUCUUAGCGGAAUAUGGUGCGUAUUUCACACAGAAAAAUUUGGACGAUCGUCAGACCUCCGAUUUGAUUCUAUUCAUAAUUUCUCAUACCAUCAUAACUGGGUUUCGUGUAAGGAUUUCCCACCAAGAAGUCCAGAUAAGAAACGUUAUGUAUAAACUGGGGAUUGCUCUGAAGGAAGUAUAUAAUGACAGCGAAGCAGAAGACCAAAUGAUCAAGAGAUCGAAGUUCUUCUCCUAUGCUCUAGUCUUAAACUGCAUCAUGUCAGUCUUAAUGUACACCGUGGCAGCUGUUAUGAGGGUCAUACGAGCAGGGCUGACUUUUACCACAGUAAUUACCGUCUAUCCCACCCUUGAAGAUAGAUCAGUUUGGAGCGACGUCGUCAGAGCAAUAUUCUAUAUAAUUUGGUGCAUCUACUUGACUCGCGUCUUUGCGGUAUACACCCUGGUGAUCUGCUUGACCAUUGCCAUGAGCCACCAGUUCAAGAACAUUACUAGCUACUUCUAUAGCCUCAGCAAUAUUUUUGAAGACGAGCAAAUGACGCAAACAGAGAAGGAACUGGAGUAUGAGAGAUCCUUCCGAGCUGGCAUCAAAAUACAUUCGGAGACUUUGAAUUGUACCGGAGAUAUACAAAGGAUAUGUCGGGAUGUGUUUAGCGGUCAGAUAAUAUUUAACCUUACUUUGCUAAUCGUGUUGAUGUAUCAGAUGGUGAAUUCACCGCGAAAUUUGACAAACGCGUUAACAUUAGUAAUAGCAGGAUUGACUAUCCUCCUCAGCACGGGAUUCUUCAUGUGGAAUGCUGGCGAUAUUACCGUUGAGGCGCAGUUGCUGCCCACAGCGAUGUUCAGUUCAGGUUGGGAGAACUGCGGACGCGACAGCUCGGUGCGCGUCAGGAAACUGAUCGUCAUUGCCAUGAUGCGGGCACAGGAGCCAGUGGUUCUGACGGGUUUUGGUAUCAUAGCACUGUCCUACCAAUCUUACGUUUCUAUAGUGAAGUCAUCUUAUUCUGUAUUCUCCGUGCUUGUUUCUCACAAAGACGUCCAAAUAAGAAACGUUGUAUACAAACUGGGGAUUGCUUUGAAGGAAGAGUUCAAUGACAGCCAGGCAGAAGACCAAAUGAUCAGGAGAUCGAAGUUCUUCUCUUGGGCUCUCAUCUUAAACUGCGUGUUGUCUCUUUUAAUGUACACUGUGGAAGCUGUUAUGCGUGUCAUACGUGCAGGAGCGACUUAUACCACAGUAAUCACCGCCUAUCCCGACGUUGACGAUAGAUCUACUUUGAGCCACGUCGUCAGAGUGAUAGCCUAUAUAAUCUGGUGUAUCUACUUGACACGCAUCUUCGCGGUCUACUCCCUGGUGAUCAGCCUGACCAUCGCCAUGAGCUACCAGUUCAAGAACUUGACGAGCUACUUUUGUAACCUCAGUAAGAUUUUCGAAGAUGAGCGAAUGACGCAAACGGAGAAGGAACAGGAGUACGAGAGAGCCUUCCGAGUUGGCAUCAAAAUACAUUCGGAGACUUUGAAGUGCACAGAAGACAUACAGGCAAUAUGUCGGGACGUGUUCAGCGGUCAAAUAAUAUUCAACAUACUUAUGCUGAUAGUAUUGAUGCAUCAGAUGGUGAAUUCGGCGCGUAACCUGACGAAUGCAGUAACUCUAGUGAUGGCAGCGUUGACUAUCCUACUGAGCACGGGGUUCUUUAUGUGGAAUGCUGGUGAUAUUACCGUUGAGGCGCAGUUGCUGCCCACUGCGAUGUUCAGUUCAGGCUGGGAGAACUGCGGACGCGACAGCUCGGUGCGCGUCAGGAAACUGAUCGUCAUUGCCAUGAUGCAGGCACAGGAGCCAGUAGUUCUGACGGGUCUUGGUAUCAUAGCACUGUCCUACCAAUCUUAUGUGUCUAUCGUGAAAUCGUCGUACUCAGUAUUUUCAGUGCUUUACUAA